CUAGCUAACCACUGUAACGAUAUAUUUGAGAGACAAUUGCUAAUUGUGCAAAUAUUUAUGUUUUUAGUAAACUUUGAAGACGAAAUACAGUUAACACGUUGUCAACAAUGUAAACCAAUCACUUCUGCUUCGCCCCAUAGUUGCACACACUUCGGUUUUGUUGCGAAACAACCAACCAGUUGCAUUAUCAGUGGUUAGAGUUGGACAUUAUUUGUGGAACAUUUGUUUGUGGAACAUGUGUUCCGUGUCUGUUUCCAGUCGGUAACAUUAUUCGCCUAGUGUGCAUCUCUGAAACUAGCUAGCUAGUAGCCGCUAAACAUGGCUACAGUUCUCCCACCCAGACCUUGCGAUAGCAACCCUGCAACACCGGGAGCCCAGUCUAUAAAGGAUGACAUUGAGGAUGUUUCCAAUGAUGGCAGUCAAGCUCCAAAAAGGCGGCGCAUGGGUUCAGGCGACAGUUCCAGAAGUUGUGACACCUCCAGUCAGGAACUUGGGCCCACAUACUUCUCAGCAGAAAAUCUGACUGAGUACAGGUGGCCCUCAGAUGGCAGUGGGGAGUACUAUAUGUUGCAAGAACAAGUCAGUGAAUAUCUGGGAGUGACUUCAUUCAAGCGAAAAUAUCCAGAUUUGGAAAGGAGAGACCUCUCCCACAAGGAGAAGCUAUAUCUGAGGGAGCAAAAUGUCAUCACCGAGACGCAGUGCACCUUGGGUUUGACUGCUUUACGAAGUGAUGAAGUCAUUGAUUUAAUGAUCAAGGAGUACCCGGGCAAACAUGCUGAGUAUUCUGUCAUUCUCCAAGAGAGGGAGCGUCAGAGGAUAGCAAAAGAGUACUCUAAAAUGCAGCAACAAAACCCUCAGAAGGUUGAAGCCAGUAAAGUGCCAGAGUACAUAAAGAAAGCAGCCAAGAAAGCUGCAGAGUUCAACAGUAACUUCAACCGGGAAAGGAUGGAAGAGAGAAGGGCAUAUUUUGACCUUCAGACACAUAUUAUCCAAGUACCCCAAGGGAGGUAUAAAGUUCUUCCUCCAGAGAGAACCAAGACUGGACCCUAUCCAGUGGCCCUCAUCCCUGGGCAGUUCCAGGACUAUUACAAAAGGUACUCUCCCAAUGAGCUGCGCUACUUACCCCUGAACACAGCCCUGUUCGAGCCCCCCCUUGACCCAGAGCUGCCUGCCCUGGACAGCGAUGGGGACUCGGAUGAUGCAGAUGAAAACAAGGGAGAAGAGGGCAAGAAAAAUUCAGACAGCUCAUCUGGAAACACCUCAGAUGGGGACAGUCAGGACAGUGGAGUGCAGUCAAAGGGCAAGGCCAAGGACAGGACUGCCACCCCGGCUAAAGAUGCCACCCCACGCAUCAACCAACACAAAUCUGUCCCUGGGUACAAGCCUAAGGUCAUACCCAAUGCUAUUUGUGGCAUUUGCCAGAAGGGUAAGGAGUCCAACAAGAAAGGAAAGCCAGAAGCUCUCAUUCACUGCUCACAGUGUAAGAACAGUGGUCACCCAUCGUGCCUGGAUAUGAGUGAGGAGCUGGUGGGCCUGAUUAAGACCUACCCGUGGCAGUGCAUGGAGUGUAAGACGUGCACGGUGUGUGAGCAGCCCCACCACGAGGAGGAGAUGAUGUUCUGUGACAAGUGUGACCGGGGCUUCCACACCUUCUGCGUGGGCCUAGACUCCAUCCCUCUAGGAUGCUGGGUUUGUGAGUGUUGCAUCAAGGAGUUCUCAACGCCCAAGAAAAAAGGAGGAAUAAAAACACCCCAAAAAUCUAAAUCUGCACACAAAUAGAAUGUGAUUACUGACAGUGAUCAACUCAACAAGCUAAUCUUCAAUUUUAAAGAUACUUUUUGUACUUUUGAUUAAGACUAAGUUUGGUAAUCCUGUAUAUAUGGAUUUACUUUGUCACAAUUGGAUUUGAAAUGUCAUUGCCACUGAAGUAAACAUUUUUUUAAUAA